GGACUUUGUCUUGAUAUUUCAUAUGUAUUACAGUGUAUUGAAAUUUCAAACUCAAAAUGCUCCAAAUGCACAUUCUGGCACUCACCUAAUGAUAACGGCACAUUUUGUGACAAGAAGGCUGUCUGGUGGGUACUGCUGAUUGUAGUGGUGUUUGCAAUUAUUGUGAUGGCAGUUGUGAUAACAUCAAUUGUGUGUGUUGUGUAUUUUAUUGAGAAGAAAAUGCGACAAAAGAAGACCGAAAAGACAAGAACACUCUUUAAAAUGAGUCGCUCAAACAUCGCAUUUGUAUCACUUGGUGAUGAUAUUGUUGUGAACAAAACGGAAGUUUCAUUUGGUCAGGACGUCGAUGUCAACACACAACAAAGAGAACUUUUAUGUGUUGGCAAUAUUUCAAAGCACAAUAUAAAAAUCCAAAUCACAACUAAAAGUGCAACAGUCGAGAAAUAUCUACUUGAGUCAAAUCCGAAGAUAAUAGUGUUGCCAAGUGGUGAGGCGUGUGAGUUUGAGAUAUUACUGACUUUGAAAUGCACAACUAAAAUGGAUGAGAGUGUUUUGUUGGUUGCAAACUCAUUCACAAAAAGAAAACCCAUUUUAAAAGAAAUUAAAAUAACAGCAACUUCAAAACUGACGACACGACUUGAUCCAGACGAGUUGGUAGAAGACAAGAAACUUGGGGAAGGCUCGUUUGGUAUUGUUUUUAAAGGAAUGUUCAGGGACAGUGUCGUUGCAAUAAAAAAGAUGAAAAUCAACACUGAAGACGAUUCUCAAAAAAUAGAGUUUGAGAAGGAAGUUGAGAUGUUGGACAAAUUCCGAAGUGAGUAUAUAGUCCACUUUUAUGGCGCAGUCUUUAUACCAAACAAGACGUGUAUGGUCACCGAAUUUGCACAAUAUGGGAGUUUACAAGACUUGAUAAAACACAAAACAAGUAAAGAAAUAGACAUGAAACUUCGAGUUAAAUAUAUGAUAGAUGCGGCUAAAGGUAUUUCAUAUUUACACACAAAUGGGAUAUUACACAGAGACAUCAAGCCAGACAACAUUUUAAUAUUUUCACUUGAUGUAAAUUACAACGUGAAUGGUAAGUUGACCGAUUUUGGAAGUGCAAGAAAUGUGAAUAUGAUGAUGACUAACAUGACAUUUACCAAGGGAAUUGGUACACCAGUUUAUAUGGCGCCUGAAGUGCUAAACAAAGAACACUACAAGAAACCAGCUGAUAUCUAUUCUUUGGCAAUAACUAUAUAUGAAGUGUUUGGGUGGAGUAAUGCGUAUCCAAUAGAAACAUUCAAAUUUCCAUGGAAAAUCGCUGAGUUUGUGAUGUCUGGAAAACGACUUCAAAGAAAAGAAAAUAUACCAGAGAAGUUGUACCAAAUAAUAGAAAAAUGCUGGAAACAAAAUCCGAAGGAGAGAACGACUAUCAUAGAUUUGAUUGAUUUAAUUCAAAGAGAAUAUAACAUUUUAUAA